AUGGACGUGGACGUAGACGUGGACGUGGACGUGGACGUGGACGUGGACGUGGACGUGGACGUCGACGUGGACGUGGACGUGGACGUGGACGUGGACGUGGACGUGGAGGACGUGGAUGUGGACGUGGACGUGGAGAACUUGGACGUGGACAUGGACGUGAACGUGGACGUGGACGUGGACGUGGAGGACUUGGACGUGGACAUGGACGUGGACGUGGACGUGGACGUGGACGUGGACGUGGACAUGGACGUGGACGUGGACGUGGACGCGGACGUGGACCUGGACAUGGACGUGGACGUGGACGUGGACGUGGACAUGGACGUGGACGUGGACAUGGUCGUGGACGUGGACGUGGACGUGGACGUGGACAUGGACGUGGACGUGAACAAGACGUGGACAACGUGGACCUGGGCGUGGACAUGGACGUGGACGUGGACGUGGACGUGGACGUGGACGUGGACGUGGACGUGGACGUGGAGGUGGACGUGGUCGUGGAGGUGGACGUGGAGUGGACGUGGACGUGGACGUGGACGUGGACGUGGACGUGGACGUGGACGUGGACGUGGACGUGGACGUGGACGUGGACGUAGACAUGGACGUGGACGUAGACAUGGACGUGGACGUGGACGUGGACGUAGACAUGGACGUGGACGUAGACACGUGGACAUGGACGUGAACGUGGACGUGGACGUGGACGUGGAGGACUUGGACGUGCACAUGGACGUGGACGUGGACGUGGACGUGGACGUGGACAUGGAGGUGGACGUGGACGUGGACGUGGACAUGGAGGUGGACGUGGACGUGGACGUGGACAUGGACGUGGACAUGGACGUGGACGUAGACGUGGACAUGGACGUGGACAUGGACGUGGACGUGGACGUAGACGACUUGGACGUGGACAUGGACGUGGACGUGGAGUGGACGUGGAGUGGACGUGGACGUGGACAUGGACGUGGACGUGGACGUAGACGUGGACGUGGACGUGGACGUGGACGUGGACGUGGACGUGGACGUGGAGGUGGACGUGGACGUGGAGGUGGACGUGGAGUGGACGUGGACGUGGACGUGGACGUGGAGAACUUGGACGUGGACAUGGACGUGGACGUAGACGUAGACGUAGACGUGGACGUGGACGUGGACAUGGACGUGGACGUGGACGUGGACGUGGAGGACAUGGACGUGGACGUGGACGUGGACGUGGACGUGGAGAACUUAGACGUGGACAUGGACGUGGACGUGGAGGACUUGGACGUGCACAUGGACGUGGACGUGGACGUGGACGUGGACGUGGACAUGGAGGUGGACGUGGACGUGGACGUGGACGUGGACAUGGACGUGGACGUGGACGUGGACAUGGACGUAGACGUGGAUGUGGAGUGGACGUGGAGUGGACGUGGACGUGGACAUGGACGUGGACGUGGACGUAGACGUGGACGUGGACGUGGACGUGGACGUGGACGUGGACGUGGACGUGGAGGUGGACGUGGACGUGGAGGUGGACGUGGAGUGGACGUGGACGUGGACGUGGACGUGGAGAACUUGGACGUGGACAUGGACGUGAACGUGGACGUGGACGUGGACGUGGACUUGGACGUGGACGUGGAGGUGGACGUGGACGUGGAGGUGGACGUGGAGUGGACGUGGACACGUGGACGUGGAGGUGGACGUGGACGUGGACGUGGACGUGGAGUGGACGUGGACGUGGACGUGGACGUGGACGUGGACGUGGACGUGGACGUGGACGUGGACGUGGACAUGGACGUGGACGUGGACGUGGACAUGGACGUGGACGUGGACGUGGAACAUGGACGUGGACGUGGAGUGGACGUGGACGUGGACGUGGACGUGGACGUGGACGUGGACGUGGACAUGGACGUGGACAUGGACGUGGACGUGGACGUGGACAUGGACGUGGACGUAGACGUAGACGUUGACGUGGACGUGGACAUGGACGUGGACGUGGACGUGGACGUGGAGGACGUGGACGUGGACGUGGACGUGGACGUGGACGUGGACGUGGAGAACUUGGACGUGGACAUAGACGUGAACGUGGACAUGGACGUGGACGUGGAGGACUUGGACGUGGACAUGGACGUGGACGUGGAGUGGACGUGGACUGGACGUGGACGUGGACGUGGACAUGGACAUGGACGUGGACGUGGACGUGGACGUGGACAUGGACGUGAACGUGGACAUGGACGUGGACGUGGAGUGGACGUGGACGUGGACGUGGACGUUGACGUGGACAUGGACGUGGACGUGACGUGGACGUGGACGUGGACGUGGACAUGGACGUGGACGUGGACGUGGACGUGGACUGGAGGUGGACGUGGACGUGGACGUGGAUAUGGACGUGGACAUGGACGUGGACGUGGACGUGGACAUGGACGUGGACAUGGACGUGGACGUGGACGUGGACGUGGACGUGGACGUGGACGUGGAGUGGACGUGGACGUGGACAUGGACGUGGAUGUGGACGUGGACGUGGACGUGGACGUGGACGUGGAGGACGUGGACGUGGACGUGGACGUGGACGUGGAGAACUUGGACGUGGACAUGGACGUGAACGUGGACGCGGACGUGGAGGACUUGGACGUGGACAUGGACGUGGACGUGGACAUGGACGUGGACGUGGACGUGGACGUGGACGUGGACAUGGACGUGGACGUGGUCGUGGACGUGGACGUGGACAUGGACCUGGACAUGGACGUGGACGUGGACGUGGACGUGGACAUGGACGUGGACGUGGACAUGGUCGUGGACGUGGACGUGGACGUGGACGUGAACAAGACGUGGACGUGA